CUUUCACCUCCACUUUCCAAAUUUUCUCAUAUAUCACUCUCAACACAUAAGCCUUAUAAAUAAUUGAAUUGCAAUCCAAUCCAAUCCAAUAAUCCAUCCAACACCAUACAAUUCCAUUCUCAUUAUCUUCAUUCCAAAACAGAAAUAUAUUUACCAAAGCUACAUCAUACAAUACAAUUAAUUAACUAUAUACUAGCUAGCUAGCUAGCAAUGGAGAUUCAGCAUAACCAACAAGAAGCAUGGUCAGAAACAGAGAGCGAGGGAAGCAGAAGGGGCAACCGAGUGGGCUUCAGUGGGCCGAUAAGCGGGCCACUGAGCGGGCCCAUACUCUCCCACAAGCGAACCGGAAGCAAGAACAUGAGCGCGAGGUUCAAAGACGACGACGGCGAAAUGGUGGAGAUCACCCUGGACGUGCGCGACGACACCGUUUCAGUACAGAACAUUCGCGGCGGCGACUCCGAGACGGCGCUCCUCGCCAGCCGUCUAGAGAUGCGGCCGUCGUCGUUCUCCGCUCGCCUGAGGCAGGUUUCGCAGGAGUUUAAGCGCAUGACGUCGUUCAGUGCCUUUGAUAAGGUUGAUCGGACCAAAUCCGGCGCCGCUCGCGCCCUCAAAGGUCUCAAAUUCAUGACCAAAAGUGCUGGUACUGAAGGUUGGGUUCAGGUUGAGAAACGGUUUGAUGAAUUGGCUGUUGAUGGAAAAUUGCCCAAAACACGUUUCAGCCAGUGUAUAGGAAUGAACGAAUCGAAGGAUUUUGCGGGUGAAUUGUUCGAUGCGUUAGCGCGUCGUCGAGGGAUAAGAUCAGCUUCCAUUAGCAAGGAUGAGUUGCGUGAAUUUUGGGAGCAGAUUACAGAUCAGAGUUUUGAUUCAAGGCUUCAGACAUUUUUUGACAUGGUGGACAAGGAUGCUGACGGAAGAAUUACGGAAGAAGAAGUAAAAGAGAUUAUCGCCCUAAGUGCUUCAGCUAAUAAGCUGUCAAAAAUACAAGAGCGUGUAGAGGAAUAUGCUGCCCUUAUCAUGGAGGAGCUGGACCCAAGCAACCUUGGAUACAUUGAGUUGUACAACUUGGAAACGCUUCUUUUGCAAGCCCCAGCACAAUCAACCCACAUAAACACAGAUAGUAGAGUGUUGAGCCAAAUGUUGAGCCAGAAGUUAGUCCCUACCAAGGAGCAUAACCCCAUCAAGCGGUUAUGCCAAGCGCUAACAUACUUUAUACAGGACAAUUGGAAACGUAUUUGGGUUUUGGUCCUGUGGCUUUCUAUUUGUGCAGCACUUUUCACUUGGAAAUUUAUGCAGUACAAGAAUCGUGCCGUGUUCGACGUCAUGGGCUAUUGUGUCACAACAGCUAAGGGUGGCGCUGAGACACUCAAAUUCAAUAUGGCCUUAAUCUUGUUCCCUGUCUGUAGAAACACCAUCACUUGGCUCAGAAGCAGGACUAAGUUAGGAAUGGUGGUUCCAUUUGAUGACAACAUAAACUUUCACAAGGUGGUCGCUUUCGGCAUUGCAAUUGGGGUUGGGUUGCAUGUAAUUUCGCAUUUAACUUGUGAUUUCCCAAGGUUAUUACACGCCACAGAUGCAGAAUAUGUACCUAUGAAACCAUUUUUUGGGGAUGACAGGCCUAACAACUACUGGUGGUUCGUGAAAGGUACUGAAGGUUGGACUGGGGUGGUCAUGGUGGUGCUUAUGGCCAUAGCUUUCGUUUUAGCUACACCUUGGUUCCGUAGAAAUAGGCUAAACCUCCCCAAACCUCUAAAGAAGCUCACCGGUUUCAAUGCCUUUUGGUACUCUCAUCACCUUUUCAUUAUCGUCUAUGUGCUUCUUAUCAUUCACGGAUACUUCCUUUACCUCAGUAAGAAAUGGUAUAAGAAAACGACAUGGAUGUAUCUCGCCGUUCCUAUGAUACUGUAUGGAGGUGAAAGGCUGAUUCGUGCUUUUAGGUCGGGCUACAAGUCUGUGAGGAUUCAAAAGGUUGCAGUGUACCCAGGAAAUGUACUAGCAUUGCAAGUAUCUAAACCACAAGGAUUUAAGUACACAAGUGGCCAGUAUAUUUUUGUUAACUGUUCUGAUAUCUCCCCAUUUGAAUGGCAUCCCUUUUCUAUCACAUCAGCUCCGGGAGAUGACUACAUAAGCGUUCAUAUUCGAACCUUAGGCGACUGGACAUCACAACUUAAGGCUAUUUUCGCCAAAGCAUGUCAACCAUCAACUGACGACCAAAGUGGUCUUCUGCGAGCUGAUAUGUUACCAGGAAGUAGCAAACCACCAAGGAUGCCAAGGCUCCGGAUUGAUGGACCAUAUGGAGCUCCAGCACAAGACUACAAAAACUAUGAAGUCCUCCUUCUUGUAGGGCUUGGAAUUGGCGCCACCCCUUUGAUUAGCAUACUUAAAGACGUGCUAAAUAACAUCAAGAACCAACAAGACUUGGAAGAAGGAGAGGUAGAAAGCGGAAUCAAGAAUAGCAAGAAAAAAUCACCUUUUGCCACGAAGCGAGCCUAUUUCUAUUGGGUUACUCGCGAGCAAGGUUCCUUUGAAUGGUUUAAAGGGGUGAUGAAUGAGGUAGCGGAGAACGACAAGGAAGGGGUAAUUGAGCUGCACAACUAUUGCACAAGCGUGUAUGAAGAAGGAGAUGCUCGCUCAGCUUUGAUCACAAUGCUUCAGUCUCUCCAACAUGCCAAAAGUGGUGUGGAUGUAGUUUCUGAGACAAGGGUCAAGACACAUUUUGCUAGACCAAAUUGGCGUAAUGUCUUUAAACAUGCAGCUCUCAAACACCCUGACAAAAGAGUUGGUGUUUUUUACUGUGGGGCGCAUGGAUUGGUAGGAGAACUUAAGAAGUUUUCCUUAGACUUUUCCAGAAAAACAAGCACCAAGUUUGAUUUCCACAAGGAAAACUUUUAGAUUAUUUUGUCAUAAUUCUUUUUUUUCUGUGACACAAUACAUAGUUAAAUGUAGUUCGAUCAAAUUUUAUUGUAGAGCUAUAUGUAUAGUCUAGCUGCAUUUGCUACGACAAAUUGUAUACAUGUAUGAAAAAGUUGUCUUCACCUGUAGUAUGAAGUGGAUAGUGAAGUUGAGGGCACUCAAGCAAUUAAAUCAUAAAUUAAUUAUAAGUUAUUUUUUAUGUAAUAAUUCUGUACAACACAUUUUGUAAUAGUAUUUUUCCUCUCAUUA